AUGGUUUUUCAAAAUUUAUCAGUCAAUAACGAAGGGAAAUGGGGCAGCUUGCGCAAUGCUGAAUUUUGUCCAGAGGGUUCGUAUGCAUCUGGCUAUGAUAUGAAGAUUGACCCUUACAGAGGGGCAUGGAUGAAAUACGACGACACAGUUUUAAAUGGCAUUAAACUUUUCUGUGAAAGCCAAGAUGGACAACUGGUACACAAUAUUACGUCAGAUGUUGGACCGUGGGGCGACUGGGUUGGGGCUGUGUCCUGCAAGCAUUUGAAUGGAUCAAAGUUCUACUUGACUGCUUUUGACUUGCAAGUAGAACCACCGGAUAUUCGUGAACCAGGCCUGGUUAGGCAAGGUAUCUUAAAAGAUGACACCGCUGCCAACUUCGUUAAGUUCAAGUGCCGAGAUCGAGGCGGAAAGUUCCAGUCAUAUGAGCUUGCUAAGGACCCUGGUCAUGGAGAGUUUGGCCUAUAUGGAUCCUGGAGCGAAGAGUGCUUAUUCGGAACAGCAAUUUGUGGAUUAGCAACGAAAAUUGAGGAAGACGCCUGGGAUAACUCUGCUCUGAACGAUGUGAUUUUCUAUUGUUGCCAUUGA